CCGCAAUGCUCGCACUUGUCGAAUCCCAAAUCUUUUCUUCAGACGCCCACCAUCCACAUCGAAUGGCUGCUCCUCAAGUUUCUAACUCAAGAAUUGACGACACUCUCAAGAAAACUAUUACUGAGUUGCAACAUGCCACCUCCACCAAACCAAUAUCGCUUCCUCUUGUCUCACUUGUUCCCUCCAUGCCCUCGAUACGAGCACGAGCUCAAGGUCAAGCGCAUCUCGAGCGCAAACUGCGUCGAAAGAUAUCAUUGGAUACAGCACCAGGCGAUCUGCUCCUCGAGAUAGCUGGUUUUCUUGACUCGAAGGUGGAUCUUUUCAACUUCUGCUUAACGAAUAAUUACAUAUUUGGGAACAUUGCCUCCAUUCUUUACGCCAAUGUCGUCCUCACAACGUCAGAACAAUGCACUACAACACUUCAAAUGCUCAGUCGCCGGCCGGACAUCUCUCGGCAUGUGCGAGAGCUCGUCAUACGACCAGGGUCCAAGAAAUCUCUCAACCAUCAAUUACUCGAUAGCAUCGUUGCCUCCUCAGCCAUACGAGAGUGUGCCAUAUCUUUCAAACUGGACGCUCUGUCGAGAUUCUCGUGGGAUUGUGAUGAAUUGCCUUAUUUUGACGACAUGUGGUUCGCGUUGCGGGUUUGUUGCCCAAGACUCAAGUUUAUCGGCACAAGCCUCGGCGCUGCACCACCCGCACUUAACAGCCAUCUAUUCGAUUUCAACGACUUGCGAGGUUUUACGCUCAUGUUAAAGCCAGGUUUCUAUGAAAACCAUCCUGAAAUGUUCUUUGAAGAAUAUCGACCUGUAUCCCGACGCUUGUGGGAAAUGCUCAUGGAAAGAUGUCCCAAUCUGGAGGAACUGGGUAUUGAUGGAAUGUCGUCGUUCCCUACAGAGGUACAUCACAUCUUGGAUGGGAGGUGGCCCAAGCUCCGCAAAUUCACUUUAGGUGACGUCGUAGUAGACAGGGCUCAAAACCCUUUCGGACCACCAUCCCAAACAUCCUUCAUUGAAUUUUUGGAGGCGCAUCCGCUCAUAGAGGACUUGAGCCUAUCCCGGGCGAAUGGUCAUCAUGCACAAUUAUCCACCGUCGACCCUUCGACCUUGAAGUUACGUGCUUUCUCUGGAACUUUAGAACAGUUGCAAGCACUCUCCCAUACCCAUCAAUAUAUCGAGUCCGUCACCUUCAGAGAGUCUAUGCAAACCCGCGAAGUCACAUCAUUAGUUGUCGCCGGUCUUCUUCAACGACUCACUGCCCUCACCAAGCUCAAGAUUUCAUUCACGUUACACUCUAUGUACGAUAGCUGCAAUCUCCUCAAAUCUCUCAUUUCUUCCUGCCCAAAUCUUCGACAUCUCGAGUUAAUAUGUGGCCACAGGCCAUCGUUUCAGAUAGACCCCUUCUCCAAAACGAUCCGAGGCUUUUCGAAACUACGCGUUCUUCACCUUAGCAUUGUCAGGUAUCCAGGAGACGAGGAUCUAGCUUCGGGUGCGGCAAAGAUCGCAAUGACCAAUCCUCGUUUGGAGAAAUUCACCCUGACCUUUUUACCGAUGAAGUGUCCGAUAUCCUUCCCGUUCUACAUCUCUUUCCUCCCUUUCUCUCUUCGCACCAAAGCUUCGGGAUCUUUCACCCUUACAUGUGACGACCAUGGGCUUCCGGUUAGUUUGAGAGCAUUUGAACGACGUCGGUUUGUGUGGCCCAUGGGACUUGGAUGUUCUUACCGGACAAAACGGUAUAUCAGCGAUCUUAGACCUGCUGGUUCUCCAGGUCGGAGCAGGAAAGGGCUGAAGGGCCUGGCUAGCCUGUUAUCGGAGAACAGCGCGGCCGGAGAAGAGCUUCGUAUGAUCGUCUUCUGCGGUUUCCUCUUAUGUUUGGCUUUAUGGGGGUUCCUGGUUAAUAGUAGGGGUAUUGGACGUGCAUAGCAAGCUUUAUUAUUAUCCUGGCUUUCCCUGCCUUACCUCAUGGUUUCACGACUAUCUUAUUGUAGUAUCUUGUAAUGUGUAUGAUGUGUAUGUACUUCGACGAUCCCUUGCAUAGAGACGUAGAGACCCAUUCCCAUUUCCUUCCCUACAGUACUUAUGUAAAAAAAGUAAUCUCGUCUGCGCUUUUCCCCGC